CUGUUCCCGAUGCGGUCAGAACGGGCCAGCCGGGUGUGUAUCGUUGUGCUGGAGGAGGUGGAGGAGGAUGAGCCCUCCUCUUCAUCCCCACCUCCCCAGCCAAAGUCACCUCUUGACCAAGGGUCCCAUCAUGCCUUUCAAAGGACUACUGUUCAGGAUGACAAGGACAGCGAGAAGCGGACCCCGCUGCAUGCUGCAGCCUACCUGGGAGAUGCUGAAAUCAUCGAGCUGCUCAUCCUCUCAGGGGCCCGAGUUAAUGCCAAAGAUAACAAGUGGUUGACUCCUCUUCACCGAGCUGUGGCUUCUUGUAGUGAGGAUGCGGUGGGAGUGCUCCUGAAGCACAGCGCAGACGUGAAUGCCCGGGACAAGAACUGGCAGACGCCGCUCCACGUAGCGGCCAGCAACAAGGCGGUCCGCUGUGCAGAGGCUCUGGUCCCACUGCUGAGCAACGUCAACGUGUCCGACCGGGGGGGGCGCACUGCCCUGCACCACGCCGCCUUCAGUGGCCAUGUGGAGAUGGUGAAGCUGUUGCUGUCCAGAGGAGCCAACAUUAACGCCUUUGACAAGAAGGACAGACGAGCCAUCCACUGGGCAGCCUACAUGGGUCAUCUCGAGGUUGUGAGGUUGCUGGUGGCCAGUGGAGCCGAGGUUGACUGUAAGGACAAGAAGGCCUACACACCGCUCCAUGCAGCCGCCUCUAGCGGCAUGAGCAGCACGGUGCACUACCUGCUGAGCCUGGGCGCCCAUGUGAACGAGGUAAACACCUACGCGAACACACCGCUACAUUUGGCUUGUUACAACGGUCAGGACAUUGUGGUCGGUGAGCUCAUCGAAGCAGGAGCCAACGUCAACCAGGUGAACGAAAGGGGCUUUUCCGCCCUUCACUUUGCCUCCUCCUCACGCCAGGGGGCGCUGUGCCAGGAGCUGCUGCUGGCGCAUGGUGCGCGCAUCAACCAGCAGAGUAAGGAUGGAAAGACUCCCCUUCACAUGGCAGCUACGCAUGGAAGGUUCUCCUGCUCUCAGGCCCUCAUUCAAAACGGAGCUGAGAUUGACUGUGAAGACAGGAGCAGAAACACCGCCCUCCACAUCGCCGCCCGCCACGGACACGAGCUCAUCGUCACAGCGCUCCUCAAACACGGAGCCAGCACUGCCAGAAGAGGCAUUCACGGGAUGUUCCCCUUACACCUGGCAGCUCUUAGCGGCUUUUCAGAUUGCUGCAGGAAGCUGCUGUCCUCAGGGUUUGUCAUAGACACCCCAGAUGACUUUGGGAGGACCUGUCUACACGCUGCUGCAGCUGGAGGGAACCUGGAAUGUCUGAAUCUGCUGUUAAACAUAGGAGCAGAUUUCAACAAGAAAGACAACUUCGGACGAGCUCCAUUACACUAUGCAUCAGCCAACUGUAACUACCAAUGUGUGUUUGCUUUGGUGGGUUCCGGUGCCAGCGUUAACGAACUGGACCAGAGGGGCUGCAGCCCUCUGCACUACGCCGCUGCCGCCGACACGGAUGGGAAAUGUGUGGAGUACUUGUUGAGAAACGACGCCGAUCCAGCAGUAAGGGACAAACAGGGUUUCAGUGCGGUGCACUACGCCUCAGCCUAUGGGCGCACGCUGUGCCUGGAACUGAUUGCAAGUGAGACACCUCUUAACGUGCUGAUGGAGACAUCAGGAACAGACAUCCUGAGGGAUUCGGACAGUCAGGCCCCGCUCAGUCCACUCCAUCUGGCGGUGAGUGUGGCGCCCCGACGGAGGGCUUACCACGGACACUGUGGGUCGUUGGAGGUCCUGUUGUCCUCCCUGUUGGACGUGCACGUCCGGAGCCCCGAGGGACGGACCCCCCUCAGCCUGGCCUGUUCCAGAGGCCAUCAGCAGUGUGUGUCCCUGCUGCUGCACCAUGGCGCCUCGCCCAUGACCUCAGACUACAUACACAAAAAGACAGCCUUACACGCUGCAGGCCACUGUAUGACUCCUCUGAUGCUGGCGGUGCUGGGCGGACACACGGAGUGUGUGUACUCUCUGCUGAGUCAAGGGGCCAGUGUGGAGAUUCAGGACCGCUGGGGCCGGACAGCACUACACCGUGGGGCCGUGGCGGGUUUGGAGGAGUGCGUGGAGGCCUUGCUCCAGCGGGGGGCCAGCGUGUGCGUGAGGGACAUCCGGGGCCGCACGCCCCUGCAGCUGGCGUCGGCCUGCGGUCGCGUGGGCGUCCUGGGCGCCAUGCUGCACGCCGGCGGCGCGCCCCAGCCCCACGCCCACCUGACCGACAGCCAGGGCUACACGCCGCUGCACUGGGCCUGCUACAACGGCUACGAUGCGUGUGUGGAGGUCUUACUGGAUCAGGAGAUGUUCCGGAGGAUUAAAGGCAACGCGUUCAGCCCCCUCCACUGCGCCGUAAUGAACGACAACGAGGGAGUGGCUGAGAUGCUGAUCGACUGCUUGGGCGCAAACAUCGUAAACACCGUCGACUCUAAGGGAAGGACCCCCCUUCACGCCGCGGCGUUCUCCGACCACGUGGAGUGCGUCUCUCUUCUCCUGAGCCACGGAGCCCAGCCGAACGCCGCGGACACACACGCGCGCCGGACGCCGCUGAUGAUGGCGGCUCUGAACGGACAGACCAACGCCGUGGAGGUGCUGGUGAGCAGCGGGAAGGCUGACUUGAGUCUGCAGGAUGUCGACAAGAACACGGCUCUGCAUCUGGCCUGCAGCAAGGCUCACGAAACCAGUGCCUUGUUGAUUCUGGAGAAAGUCAGCGACAGGAACCUGAUCAACUGCACAAACGCUGCCCUCCAGACGCCGCUGCACGUGGCAGCCAGGAGGGGGCUGACCGUCGUAGUCCAGGAGCUGCUGGGGAAAGGAGCCAGCGUGCAGGCCGUGGACGAGAACGGUUACACCCCGGCUCUGGCCUGCGCCCCCAAUCGAGACGUCGCUGAUUGCCUGGCCCUCAUCCUCAACUCCAUGAUGCCCGCCUCUCCCAUGGUCACCGUAGCAGCCACGCCCGCCCAGCCUCCCCCCCAGAGAGUCUCCAACCACCGGCCCAGCUCCAACCACGUCUCCAAAGGCGUGUCCUUCGACGCCCUGCCCCCUCUGAGGCCGGACCACGCCUCCUACUGCCGGCCGGAGCGGCCGCUGUCCUCCGCCUCCGCCGACGACGAGCUGAACGACUCCGACUCAGAGACGUACUGA